GUUACUUCCCCUGCACAGCAGGUGCGAGGCGGCCACAUCGAAGAAAAAAUACGCUUCCAGUACCCUGAGUAAUGGCGGGGGUUACUGUUGAAGAUUGGCAGUCCAACAAGAGUGCACUGGCUUGUAACCGUUACAUGUUGACUAAUCAGAUUGCUUGUGAUGUCAAUUUCCUAGUUGGAGAGGAUCGUGUACGUAUUCCCGUACACAAGUACAUUCUGAUCAGUAGAAGUUGUGUGUUCUACUCUAUGUUCUGCGGGCCACUUGCCGAGACAAGCUCUGACAUUACCUUACCUGAUAUUGAACCUGAGGUUUUCAGAGCACUGUUGUUGUUCCUUUACUGUGAGGAACUAGACAUACAACCUCACAUGGUUUUACCCCUGCUGUAUGCAGCAAAGAAGUAUUCCAUCCAAGCUCUAGUAAGAAAAUGCAUACAAUAUCUGGAACUAGACCAGUCCUCAGAAAAUAUAUGUGCAAUCCUGGAACAAGCUCACAUGUAUGAUGAAAAGGACCUAGAAAGGAAAUGCAUGGACUAUAUCUGUGGACAUGCAAAGGAUGUUAUUCAGUCAGAUGAUUUUCUGGAGCUCAGCCCUACUUCUCUGAUGUGUAUUCUCAAAUCUGAUGAAAUACAGGUAGAUGAAAAGACAGUCCUCAUGUGUGUACAAAAGUGGGCGGACAAAGAAUGUGAGAGAAAAGACUGGGAAGUGUCUCCAGCCAACAUUCGAAAAGCUCUUGGACCUCUCCUGUAUCAAAUCAGGUUUCCACUCCUGGGGGAAAAAUAUUUCACUGACAUUGUAGCUGAUAUGGAAAUUUUAAAUGACACUGAAAAGGUUGAAUUGUUCAAAUACUUUUAUAAAACAGGAUCAAAGGUUGAAACUUUUGUCACAAGGAACAGAUUUGCAAAUAACACUUCUUCUGGCAGUGAUUCAUUCCAUAGUGAGACGGAUACACGACCAAUACAGACUUGUAUGAGAUAUCGGACAGUGUAUGAGGACGGAUCAUGGUACUGUGGCGGGGAGCCUGAUGCUGUUGCUUUCACAUGUAAUAGAACUAUACAGUUAAAUGGUGUUUUAGUAUACGGUUCAUAUAUAGGUGAAGGUGUAUAUGAUGUCACAUGUUCUGUUUACGACAGUGUUGAAAAGGAAAUUGUGACACGUCGCACAUCACUGAAGACCAGUGAAAGUCAACACACUUAUCCAGUCCUUCUGGAGGUUCCCAUUGAGAUACCAAAGUCCAAAAAACAUAUUCUAGUUGUGAAACUCAUCAGUUCUGAGGGACUGGACACUUACCAAGGAAAGAAUGGAAUGUCUUCUGUGUCUGUAGGAUCAGUACAGUUCAGCUUCAGUAAAUCAAAAUACAGCAGAAAUGGAACGGAUGUUAAGAUUGGACAAAUUCCUGGCCUCCUGUUCACAUGUAAUGAUGAAGAUAUUGAUGAAUUUUGAAGCAAAUCAGUUUCUACAGCAUACAUGGAGUUAUAUGGAGUCCAUGGAGAAUUUGGCAUUCAUGUUGUAUGUAUAUCAGUGGUCAAUGAGAAUGUGCUUUCAUUGUUGCUUAUUACAAGUGGUUACAAUCUGCAUGAACUUUUGUUAAUCAGAUUACUGAAAUGAAUAAAGUUCACAUUAAUUCUAUGCAUGUAUCACAAAAGUAUGAAGAAAAUUUUGUUUCAGCUCUGACUCACAGCUGAUCAUCUUUAUCACGAACCCUCCACUUCUGGGUCACAGGUUUAAGGCCUAUGUGAGGCAGUUACCAGGUACUGGCUUCAGGUUUCUCUCUAGGAAUUCUCAAUUUCCUUCCAAUACCAAAACCUGGCAUAUCCUUAAAUGACCCUUACUGUUAACAGGACGUAAAGUAACAAUAAAGCAAUUAAUUUAUGACACUUGGUGAUUGAUAAAAUAUAGAAUUAUUCAAUUAAAUGACAUUUUUUUCUCUACAAGGUUUUAUGAUUGUAUAGCUUAGCCAUGACUAUAUGUUAUAAACCAUAUGUUUUCAAUUUCAAGGUUUAGAAGAAUACUAAUUUGAAGCACAAUGCAAAUAACGGAAAAUCAUUAUUUUUCUAUCACAGUUAUUUUGUUUAAGCUAUAGCCUAUGAUCAUGAAAUAGUUGGCUUUUCAUCGUUCACAAAAACUCACGGUUUUACCUGCUAUAUUAUGAGUAUCAUUUUAUGUUCAUUAUGGCUGACUGUCAGCAGUCAUUUUUCCUGUAUAUGCCACACAAAAGUUUUCCUGGGAUUUAUUAUGGUAUGGUACAUGUUGUCAGGUCAUCUAACUGUGAAACUUUCAUAAACUUUUAUUGGUCUGGGGAUAUCCUCCCAUAAUUAGCAAUCAAUCUGCUUAAUCAUAAUGGCAAGAAAUACAGUAUUUUGAUUCAACAGUUGUUGGAAGAGUUAUCACCCUUUGUUUUGUUAGUCAUUAUUUUUGCUCGGAGAUUAGUUUUCAGUCAAUUCCUUUAUCUAUAUUACUUUCCUGAAGGUAUAUAUUCAACUAUUUUGGCAAGCAUAUAUAAUUGCCCUAUGUUUUUUUUCCAUCAUUUUAAUCUUACUGAGAGAUUUCAUCUUGCAGAGUUCAACCAAUCUCGUUAUAACUUGGUCUGAUUUAUCAUAUAAAAUAUCACACUAUUUUACUCUGAUGCAUGUUUACCGGACAAGAUUUUGAGAAUUAUUAUCCUUUGUUCAGCUUUUUAUCAUAUUUGUUAAUCCUCUACCUUAGUUUUCAAUUUAUUUCUUACAAACUUUGUAAUUACGUAAAAUUGUGGUUAAAUUUGUCGGUAGCAUUUCUGAUCAGAAAAGUUGUAUUUCCCUAUUUGUAUUCCAUUUCCUAUUCCUGUUCUACCCUAUAGUAUUCUUGGUAGGUUGAUAGCAUUUGCAUAUUUCAUUGAAAGGAUAACAUGAUACCAUACCGCAUACUCCAUUACUAUUACUGCAAAUACAACCCAUGAGAGGGGAAAAAAAUGACCAAUCUUUCAUUUAAUCAUUAAAGAUAAUCAAUAUGGAGCUGAAAUUCUGUGAGAAAAUUAUAAUUAAAUGUGAAAACUUGUGAUAUGUAUUUGUUUAAUUCCUGUUACAAUAAUAUAUAUAUGUAUAUAUAAAUUGACCAAAGUAACUUGUAUUUAAAUUUGUUAUAUAUAUAUGCUGAUAACUUGCAUGUAGUACU